AUGUUUGUCGCCUUCGUGGUCACUGGUUGUGGUGGUGGCAAUGAUGAUGAUGAUGAUGAUACAGCAGCAGCAAACGAUGAUGACGAUGACAGCACUGCAGAGGGCCCACCUUCUGCGACAAUGGUCACGGUAGACCCAGCCGCCGGUGGCACGAUUCCGUCAAAUCAACAGUUCUCGCUGACGUUUGAUCAAGGUGUCACAGCGGCGACGGUCAGUGGUGCUGCAGCCACCGGAGCUGGUCUCAACUGGACAGCAUCUCCUGCCUUAGCGCAAGGGUCCGCGACAUUGAACGUCGAGUGGACAAACCGAGACGGCACCACCGGUUCUCAAGCGGUCGGUCCUUAUACCGUUUCUGACCCAGAUGUCGAUCCUCCGGUGAUCACCAGUGGUACGGUGGCUGAUGGGGACUCAGAUGUUGAUCCCGCGCCGAUCAAUGCGGGUGGUUUCCGGUUUGAUUUCGACGAAGCCGUCACAGGAACCAUUAAGCUGACUGAUGAAGCGGGUGCAGACCUCAACUGGAUUGCAACCGUAGGCGGUCAAACUGCAACGUUGACUGCGGUUGCAGGGCAGGAACUCGCCAACGAGACAACCUACAAGGUUGAGCUUGAUGUCAAAGAUGGUUCUGCUAAUGGUGCACCAGCGACGAUUACCUUCGUCACCAAACCGAAAGAGUAA